GCAUUUUCAACGGCCGAAUGAAAUUAAAAAAUUCAUCACAAUUAAACAAUUAAUAAUAAAAAUAAUCCAAAAUCUGUAACCUCAGUCGCUAUUUAUAGCUAAGCCACAAGCUUCUCUCACCACAGACAAACAAAAAAAGGUUUGGUUCCAAAAGCUAAAAAGCUUCCAUCUACAUUAGAGUCUCUCUAUUUAGCAUUUACACACAAUCACACACACACACACACACACACACCAAAAUGAUAGCUUACAUAGAACCAUACUUCUUGGAAAACGACGCCGAGGCUGCCUCUGCCGCCACCGCCGCCGGAAAAUCUACGGAUGGUGUUUCUGAGUCACUUAACAUCCAAGGAGAAAUCUUAUGUGGUGGAGCUGCGGCGGAUAUCGCCGGGAGAGAUUUUGGCGGCAUGAACUGUGUGAAGCCUCUUGCUGUGGUGAGACCAGUGGGACCGGAAGAUAUCGCCGGAGCGGUGAAAGCGGCUCUGAGGUCAGAUAAACUAACGGUGGCGGCGCGUGGAAACGGCCAUUCUAUCAACGGUCAAGCCAUGGCGGAAGGAGGACUCGUUGUCGAUAUGAGUACCACGGCGGAGAAUCAUUUCGAGGUUGGUUAUUUAUCCGGCGGUGAUGCCACGGCGUUUGUUGAUGUCUCCGGAGGGGCAUUAUGGGAAGAUGUAUUGAAACGGUGCGUUUCGGAGUACGGUUUGGCUCCGAGGUCUUGGACUGAUUAUCUUGGGUUAACGGUGGGAGGUACGUUGUCAAAUGCCGGCGUUAGUGGUCAAGCGUUCCGUUACGGACCACAGACGUCAAAUGUAACGGAGUUGGACGUCGUUACGGGAAAUGGUGACGUCGUUACUUGCUCGGAGAUUGAGAAUUCAGAGCUAUUCUUCUCUGUUUUAGGUGGUCUUGGUCAGUUUGGUAUCAUCACCAGAGCUAGGGUUUUGCUACAGCCAGCUCCUGAUAUGGUGAGAUGGAUAAGAGUAGUAUACACCGAGUUCGAUGAGUUCACUCAAGACGCCGAGUGGCUAGUAAGUCAGAAGAACGAGUCAUCGUUCGAUUACGUGGAAGGAUUCGUGUUUGUCAACGGUGCUGACCCGGUUAACGGAUGGCCAACAGUUCCCCUCCACCCGGACCACGAGUUUGACCCGACCCGACUACCACAAUCUUGCGGGUCGGUUCUUUAUUGCCUCGAACUCGGUCUUCACUACAGAGACUCCGAUUCCAACUCAACCAUUGACAAGAGGGUGGAGAGAUUGAUCGGACGGCUAAGAUUUAAUGAAGGAUUAAGAUUCGAGGUAGAUCUGCCGUACGUUGACUUUUUACUACGAGUCAAACGGUCAGAAGAAAUCGCGAAGGAGAACGGUACGUGGGAAACGCCUCACCCUUGGCUCAACCUCUUCGUGUCGAAGCGAGACAUCGGAGAUUUCAAUCGGACGGUGUUCAAAGAACUUGUCAAGAACGGAGUCAAUGGUCCAAUGCUUGUGUACCCACUCUUGCGAAGCAGGUGGGAUGAUCGGACGUCCGUGGUUAUACCGGAAGAAGGAGAGAUAUUCUACAUUGUGGCAUUGCUUCGGUUCGUGCCGCCGUGUGCGAAAGUCUCUUCGGUAGAGAAAAUGGUAGCUCAAAACCAAGAGAUCGUUCAUUGGUGUGUCAAAAACGGAAUUGAUUACAAAUUGUAUCUUCCUCAUUACAAGUCUCAAGAGGAAUGGAUUCGCCAUUUUGGAAACCGAUGGUCGAGAUUUGUUGAUAGGAAAGCUAUGUUUGAUCCCAUGGCUAUACUUUCACCGGGUCAAAAGAUUUUCAAUAGGUCUCUUUGACCCCUCAUAUUUUUACUUUUUUUACUUUUCUUAUUUUUACUUUUGUAUUCUUGAGUUUUGUGGUCUUUAUGUAAUUUUUUCUGUAUUUUUCUUUUUUCCCAAGAAAAAAAUCAGCUGGUUUUUUAUAAAAGGUGGCCUACGAGUCAUGUCCAAUUAUGAAUAACAAAAUCACAAGAAAAACGUCCUUGUUUGGUUAUCUUGAAAUGUAAUUUAAAAUUUGUUAUAUUAUGAAUUAAGUAAUUAAUUAGUCAA